AGUUUCUCUGUUUCUGACUUGAAGGGAUGACAAUUGGUUUGUGUUUAAGGUAGAAUUUGUUGGAGGCCCCAUGUGUUGGAAUACACGCACAUUUUCUGCAGCUGCUGGUGGGGGUGCUUUUUGUAAUGGGCAAAAGAUUCAAGUGAGUCAUACCGAUAAGGUGGAGCAGUCACUUCUAGUUACUGGAUUUGGGUAUGAACAUGACGAUGCAUGGAGUACCAACAUAGAUUUAUUCAAAGAAUUUACUGAUGUCAGCCGGGGCGUGAGAAGGCUUGGUGCUGCUGCAGUGGAUAUGUGCCAUGUAGCUUUGGGAAUUGUAGAAGCAUAUUGGGAAUAUCGUCUAAAACCAUGGGAUAUGGCUGCUGGUGUUUUGAUAGUUGAAGAAGCUGGUGGGGUAGUUUCUUGCAUGGAUGGUGGAAAAUAUAGUGUAUUUGAUAGAUCAGUCUUGGUAUCCAAUGGUGUGCUGCAUGACAAGCUUCUGGAGAGAAUUGGCCCUCCAACAGCUAAACUGAAGAACAAAGGCAUUGAUUUUUCAUUGUGGUUUAAGCCAGAAAACUAUCACACAGAUUGUUGACAGUGCCUUCUUUUUAUAUCUCUGCAUUUAUUUUGUUGUACCCAACUCUUCUUGUUUUUUGAGCAAAAGAAGAAAAAACUGAGGAAAAUGUGGCUUCUUUGAUUUCUUGUGUUGAUAAACGAUCAUUAUUUUGUCAAGCUAUCCAUUACAUAUAGCCAGAUAUUAUUUUGUGGACAAAUUCUAUGAUGUGCAACCAAACAUGUGACUGUUGUUUUUCCA